UGAGCCUCCAUAAAAGGGAGCGGCGGGGGCCUGGGGCCCCGGAUUGAGCCCUCCCCGCCCGGGGUCCCGACGCGCUCGGUCUCGGGGAGGCCCGGACGCGCCCGUCGCAGGCCGGGCGGUGAGCGGCGGGCGGCGGGGAGGGGGCGGCGCGGGGCGGGAGCCGGCCCCUGGCUGCGCGCCCGGCCUCCGGCGUCCGGUCACCGCGAUAUCCCCCGCGCGCACACACACCGGCCGCACCAUGGCCCUGAAGGCCGAGGGGGCCGCGCUCGACUGCUUCGAGGUGACGCUCAAAUGCGAGGAAGGGGAGGACGAGGAGGAGGCCAUGGUGGUGGCCGUAAUUCCGCGGCCUGAGCCGAUGCUCAGAGUGGCCCCGCAGGAGAAGACCCCCCCGCCCAGGCCCAGCCUGCUGGAGGCAAGUGGCGAAGGCUGUGAGGAGCCCAAGCAGCAGGUGUCUUGGGAGCAGGAGUUCCUGGUGGGAAACAGCCCAGGAGGCAGUGGGCGGGCACUGUGCAUGGUGUGUGGGGCGGAGAUCCGGGCCCCCUCGGCAGACACGGCGCGCACACACAUCCUGGAGCAGCACCCUCACACCCUGGACCUGAGCCUUUCGGAGAAAAGCAACAUCCUGGAGGCCUGGAGUGAGGGAGUGGCCCUUUUGCAGGACGUCAGAGCCGAGCAGCCUUCUUCACCAACCUCAGACUCAGGCCAGGAUGUCGAAGCUGACCCGGACUCCGAGCCGGACCCUGCCAGGAUGCCGGCAGAGAUCGUCGUUCUCCUCGACUCCGAGGAAAACCCGUGUCUUCCGAAAAGGAGCCGGCCCAGGGGCCUCCGCCCCCUCGAGCUUCCUGCUGCCCCUGUCUCAGAGCCAGGAAAUAGGAAGCCCCGUGGUCAGAGAUGGAAGGAGCCCCCUGGGGAAGAGCCGGUCAGAAAGAAAAGAGGCAGACCCAUGACCAAAAACUUGGACCUGGACCCAGACCCCAACCCAGACCCCCCGUCCCCCGACUCACCCACAGAGACUUUUGCGGCCCCCGCUGAGGUCCGACACUUUACCGACGGCAGCUUCCCACCGGGCUUCGUCCUCCAGCUCUUCUCCCACACCCAGCUCAGGGCCUCAGACAGCAAGGACUCACCCAAAGAGGGGAGAGCUGCAGAAGGAGGCCUUCCCCAGCCAGAAAGCCCCUCUCCAGAUCGUGCCUGCUUUCUGGAAGGGCCAACCCACGUCAGGCCUCACUGUCCUGAUGCUCCCCUCCCCACCACUCUCAGCUCUGCCCUCCAUGCUACCAGAAAGAACUACCUGUCCUUUCACAUGCAGCUCCCCGAGUCAGAUCUGACGGUUCUCUCUCCUCCUCUUUCUUGAGUGUAAGUAGCUUCAGGUCAGGACAUGUAUCUGUUUCAUUUCCUGUGAUCUCCCCAGAGCCUGGCAUGGGGUCCAGGUGCUGCUUACCUGUUCGGUGAGUGAGUGGUUAAGUGACGGACUGGAUGCCUCAACCUUGGGGCAGGGCCUUCCUCACUCCCAGAGGGACCCAGUCCAAGUUCAUGUGUUCCCAGCUCCCACCCACAUUCCCCUGGUGACAUGCCUGUGGCUGUCCAGAAGAUCUAUGGAACUGCCUUAUCCAAACUGAAUCUCCCCCUCCACCUCCUGCCCCCAGCCUCUCUCGUCCUCCUCAGCCUCCUCUCCCCUUUUCCAUUUAGCACUUUGCUCAGGCUAAACCCUCAGAAUCAUCCUCUUCCCGUUUCCAUCAAGCCCUUGGCAAAUCGUGUUAGCCCCACCUCCAAAAUCGGUUCCGAAUUCACCCUCCUCUGUCACCCCCCUCCGCUGUGGCCACCCUGGUCCAAGCCAUCUCUUGCCUGGUUCCUUAACGGCCUCCUCCCUGGCCUCCCAGCUUCUGGUCUUUGCCCACUCUGGUCUCCUCGUCUACGGUAGCCAGGGUCCCUGGUGCAAACUGAGUUAGAUGCUGUCCCUGCUGUUCCUGUCACACUCCCGAUAAAAAGCCAGAGUCCAUGGCGACCAGGGAUGCUCACCGCAGGAUCCCGACUCUCCUAAGCCAGCCCGCCUGCUCUGCACAGGCACCAGCCUGCUGUUCCUACAACGGCAGGCAGGCGGCCCCCGGGGCCUUCGUGCUCACCCUUCCUUCUGGCUGGAAUGCUGUUCCCUGGCCACCCGUGUAGCGGACUCUCUCUGUACAUCUUUGUUCACAUACCCGCUCCACGAGGCCCUCCACGCUAUCCUGUCCCCUUCCCUGGUGUGUCUUCUUGCUUCCCUUUCUUUCCGUCCAAACGGAACACGUCGCAUCUUGCGUUCAUUGAUUGUAUGGGCUCUCGCCACGGGAUCAGAAGUUCCAGGAGGGCCGCGUGGUCUGCUCCCUGCGCUGCUGGACCCCCAGUGGUCAGAGCCGUGCCGGGCACAGGCUGGGCAUCCACUGACUUGCUGUUGAACUUGGGAUCCAGCCUGUCCUCAUGGAGCUUUGAGUUUGUCAGACAUAGACCGACUUACCCAGAUACAGAGCAGAAUUUGGCGAUGGCCGCUGGUACGGAGUUUGGAAUGUCAGCAAACUGUACAGCAAAGCUGUGCCCAGUUUCCCAGCCAUCUGUUAGACCACGUCUCUAAAGACAGUGUAGGCCAAAUGCCACAAGUGGAUCCUUAUCGAAACAGACAUCCCGACAGUUGCAGUCUCCGUGUUCGGUUUUGCUUUUUCAAUGUGAAGUACUUCAGCACGUGCCCGUGUGGCGGGGGACAUUUUUUGUGGCAGCUUGAAAGCCAUGGGGAGUCUGCUCUCUCCUCUAAGGCCCAGUUUUGCC